AUGACCCCAGAAACUGCAAACCAACAUUUAAAAGUGGAAAAGCAAGACCAUCUAACACAUUCAUCAAACUCAAGCUCACAUACUAUCAAUUCAUCUAAUCAAUCACAACAACAACAACAGGCUGAAAUACCUGAUAACAACAAUUUCUUCAAACCUGGUCUUUUGACUCUUAAGAUUUAUAAUGGUUCAAAUUUUAAAAUCCCCUUCGAUAUUAAGAAUGAUAAAUCCAUCUUGACAAGAUUGAUUAAUGGUGAUGAACAUUUAAUCAAUAGAUUAAACCAACUGAAUGUUAAUGAUGACGGUGAUGAAACUAUUCAUCCUUCAAAUUCAAGUGAUUUAUUACCAGCCAUUAUAAAUAUCCCACCGUCAAUUUUGAAAAAUCCAUUGAUUUAUCUAACUUUAGAAUUUGAUAAAACUAUUAUACCUAUUGAACCUGAAAAUGGUACAAUUUCUCAUCCUUUUUUCAAUAAAGUUUCAAAUUUUGAUGUUACCAAGAUUCAAAAUGAAUUGAAAAUUCAAGUUUUCCUUAAAAUCCCCAAGAUUCUAAGUAAUAUUAAUGAUGAAGAUAUUUUAAUCGGUUCUAAAAAGAUAAAUUUAAAAAUUGAUAAUAAUAUUAAAAAUCCAAUCCGUUUUAAAAAUCAUGAACGUUUAACAUUUGAUAAUGAAUAUCAACAAGAUGAUGUGAAAACUAAUGGAGAUUUAAUAAUCUCAAUAGAUUUCAAACCAAAUGAAAACAAACACCUAACUAUUGAUGAUUUUGAUUUAUUAAAAGUUAUAGGGAAAGGUUCAUUUGGUAAAGUUAUGCAAGUUCGUAAAAAAGAUUCUGGUAAAAUUUAUGCAUUGAAAGCAAUUAGAAAAUCUCAUAUUGUUUCAAAAUCUGAAGUCACACAUACAUUAGCUGAACGUACAGUGUUGGCCAAGAUUGAUAAUCCAUUUAUUGUUCCAUUAAAAUUUAGUUUCCAAAGUCCUGAAAAAUUAUAUUUUGUUUUAAAUUUCAUUAAUGGAGGUGAAUUAUUUUAUCAUUUACAAAAAGAGGGAAAAUUUGAAUUAUCAAGAGCAAGAUUCUAUACAUGUGAAUUAUUAAGUGCAUUAGAAUGUUUACAUUCAUUUGAUAUUAUUUAUAGGGAUUUAAAACCUGAAAAUAUCUUGUUGGAUUAUAAAGGACAUAUUGCAUUAUGUGAUUUUGGGUUAUGUAAAUUAAAUAUGAAGAAUGAAGAUAAAACAAGUACAUUUUGUGGUACACCAGAAUAUUUAGCACCAGAAUUAUUAUUAGGACAAGGUUAUACCAAGACAGUUGAUUGGUGGACCUUAGGAACUUUAUUAUAUGAAAUGUUGACAGGUUUACCCCCAUAUUAUGAUCAAGAUACAUCAACAAUGUAUCGUAAAAUUUUAACAAGUCCAUUGAAAUUCCCAGAUAAUUUUGAUAAAGAUUGUAAAGAUUUAUUAAUUCAUUUAUUAAAUAGAGAUCCAACUAAAAGAUUAGGUUGUAAUGGAUCUCAAGAAAUUAAAAAUCAUGCUUUUUUCAAACAAAUUGAUUGGAAAAAAUUAUAUGAUAAAAAUUAUCUACCACCUUUUAAACCUCCAGUUAAAGAUAAUAUUGAUACUUCAAAUUUUGAUAAAGAAUUUACAGAUGAAAAACCUGUUGAUAGUGUUUUAAAUGAUUAUUUAAGUGAUAGUGUUCAAAGACAAUUUGGUGGUUGGACUUAUGUUGGUACUGAACAGUUAAGUGGUAGUAGAUAG